CUCCCUCUGGACAGCAGGGAGCUGAGACCCUGAACGUUGACAUCAUGGACUCGAGCACUCAGCCUCUGGAACUGCUUGGGGUCCUGUUCUCCGCAGGGGCCUGGUUUUGCUCUCUGGCCACCACCCUGAUGCCCUCCUGGCUCACCCUAUCCACAGAGCUGCUCCCCACCGAGAGCUUUGAGCUGGGGCUGUGGGAAACCUGUGUGAUACAGGAUCUGGGCUUGCAGGAGUGCCGGCCCUACGACAGCCUACUGGGUCUCCCACCAGACAUCAAGUUGGCCCGGAUUAUGAUGUGCACUGCACUGGGUGCAGGACUUCUGGGCCUGCUGCUGGCUAUCCCGGGAAUGAACCUGGUCAACAGCUGCCAACGUCAGAAGGAGUUGAGCUGCAAGAGGGUCCUGAAGGCAGUAGGUGGGACGCUGAGCCUGGCAGCUGGGAUUCUGGUUCUGGUACCAGUCUCCUACAUCGCCCACCUUACAGUGGUGCGUUUUUUUGAUGAGUCUGUCCCAGAUGUGGUUCCACGCUGGGAGUUUGGCGAUUGUCUGUUCUGUGGCUGGACAGCUGGAGUCCUGCACCUGGUGGCGGGGACGCUGCUUCUGACUUCAUGUCUGCGUCUAGAGGAGCAGAACUGUAACCUGCCAGUCCACAUCCCGCUGGUCCCGGUCCAGCCGGGACAACGCUUUGCAAGGUCCAGAACCGAGUACGUCUGAGACCUCAUCUACCCUGGUCAAAACCCCAAGAGUCCUGAUGCAUCAGACCAAAAACCAGGAACUUCAGACCAAAAACCAACGCUUUCUGCACCAGAAAUCAAACAAAGAUGGACAAAGUUCCAUCUCCACAGUUGAGGUGACUGAAGGAACUGUGGAGAAACUCAAGCUGCAGUAGAAUCAGAUUGAACUUUGAUCCCUAAAUGAGUCUGGCUGGAAAAUUCACAAAUUCUGUUGAAAGUGUUCAUUGGUGGUUUUACUUGAUCCUGUCACGCUGUUGUGUAACUGUGUUAUUCUGACUCUUGUUGGCAUGUGAAGGUUCGAACGCCCUUCAUCUCAUACUGGACUUAUUGUGUGUGUUUGUGUGUUUCCAUUUCUUUAUCAAUCAGUCACAUGUUUUUUUGUUGGAGCCAAAGAGACAAAAAGCUGCUGCUGGUUGCUGCUUCUUUCCUUCAUUUACACACUUUCAGAGCUUCAUGAUACAUGUAAAAACCCGUAGAGCAAUAAACAAUGUAGAAUGAUAAAGGUUUAUUGGUUAUAGCAGAUAAAUGACUGCACAUGAUGUAAA